AUGAUAGUCGCUCACGCUCCAAAAACUUAUUUCGGUUCAGGAGAUAUACAAAAAUCAUUGGGUUCUCUUCCUGGAUUUCCAUGGGCGAAAUAUCCCGGAGAAAAACAUCUCCCAGGGCACAAUUACACCGGUCCAGGCACUAGAAACACUACAGCGUGGAUAAAUAAAGCAAAACCUUACUUCCUGGAUCAAAUCGGAGACACUCUUCAAGGUGAUUUAGAUAUGAACAAUUUUAGCAUAACUAAUUUGAAGUCUCCGGAAAACGAUAAUGGUGCAAUUCACAAGAAAUAUUUAAUGGAACAAUUAAAUUUAAUUGAAGUAAAUAAAGACCAUUUAAAAGAAAGAAUAAAUGAUGUGAAAAAAUUCUUCAAACGACAAAUGAAUAAUAAAGAUUUUAUUGAUGAUACUAAAUUACAACAAGAAGUAACAAGUUUGAAAAGUUUUAUUGAAGAACAAUUGGUCAACGUAGUGAACAAAACUGAGUUAAUUUCAUUAAUAUCUAAAUUAGAGGAUAAGAUUGCAAAACAAAAACAAUUGAUAGAUAACAUUCCAGAUGAAGAUACAUUUCAACAGAAAUUAAAUGCUCUGGAAACUAAACUUAACAGUGAAUUACAAAAAGAACUAACAAAUAUUCAUCAACAAAUACAGAACAUUGAUGAUAGUGUUAUUCAACAACAGAUAACCACUAUUAAUAACCUAGUUUUAAAACAGGAUAAAAAUAUACUCGCAUUAGAAAAGCAACUCAACCAAGAAAAUAAAUCAUAUUAUUUCAAUCUUCCAUUUGGAAAUUUUGGUAAUAAAGAUGCUUCUAUUACUGAUAAUAUUGAUAAAUCAAAAGACUAUGAAUUUAAAAAAUAUGGAUUUAAACUAAAUAUAGAGUAUUUUCUCCUUCAAGAUUAA